AUGGAUAUACAACAUACUCGCAUGCUUGGUACCGAUUUGCCUCAUUUUGGUACAAUGUCGCCGGAUCAUAGAGACAGCCAUCGGAAGAGGUCUCGUCCUCAGUCUGACUACGAUGACGACGGUGGAAGCAAAAGGAGAUAUCGUGGUGAUGACAGAGACUCGCUCGUAAUCGACCGCGACGAUACUGUAUUCCGAUACCUGUGCCCGGUUAAAAAGAUUGGUAGUGUCAUUGGUAGAGGAGGCGAUAUCGUCAAGCAACUGAGGAUGGAGACUAGGUCGAAAAUUAGAAUAGGAGAGGCGAUGCCAGGAUGUGAUGAACGCGUGAUUACGAUCUACAGCCCUAGUGACGAGACCAAUGCCUCUGGAGAUGGGGAGAAAGUUCUUUCUCCUGCGCAGGAUGCGUUGUUCAGGAUCCAUGACAGAGUAGUUGCGGAUGAUGCGCAAAGCGAGGAUAGCUCUGAAGGAGAGCACCAAGUUACCGCCAGGCUGCUUGUUCCUUCGGAUCAGAUUGGAUGCAUUCUCGGGAGAGGCGGCCAAAUUGUCCAGAACAUUCGGAGUGAAACAGGUGCUCAGAUUCGCAUCAUCAAGGACCGAAACAUGCCUCUAUGUGCCUUGAGUUCAGAUGAGCUCAUUCAGAUAUCUGGAGAAGUGCUUAUUGUUAAGAAGGCUCUGCAUCAGAUUGCCUCUCGCCUCCAUGACAAUCCCUCACGUACUCAGAACCUACUUUCUUCUGCAAGUUCCGGUGGGUAUCCUUCUGGUUCACUCAUGAGUUCUCGAAUUGUGGGGAUAGCACCGCUGAUGGGUUCCUAUGGAGGAUACAAGAGCGAUGCAGGAGAUUGGUCACGCCCUCUAUACCAAGCUCCUAGACAUGAGCCACCGGCAACUGAUUUCUUUAUUCGGCUAGUUUCCCCAGUUGAAAACAUUGCAAGUGUUAUUGGUAAAGGUGGAGCUCUAAUCAAUCAGCUUCGACAGGAAACCAGAGCAACCAUUAAAGUUGAUAGCACCAGAACUGAAGGAAACGAUUGUCUGAUAACUAUAUCAGCAAGAGAGGUUUUUGAGGAUGCGUAUUCCCCAACCAUAGAAGCAGCUAUGCGGCUGCAACCAAAAUGCAGCGACAAGGUGGAAAGAGAUUCUGGAAUUGUUUCAUUCACCACUCGUCUUCUUGUGCCAAGUUCUAGGAUUGGUUGUCUUCUUGGUAAAGGAGGAGCUAUUAUAACUGAGAUGAGAAGAAUGACCAAAGCUAACAUCCGCGUACUAGGGAAAGAAAAUCUUCCAAAAGUUGCAUCUGAAGAUGAUGAGAUGGUUCAGAUUUCUGGAGAACUUGAUGUUGCCAAGGAAGCUCUCAUUCAAAUUACAUCAAGAUUAAGAGCCAACGUUUUUGACCGGGAAGGAGCUGUUUCUGCACUUAUGCCGGUCUUGCCUUAUGUUCCUGUUGCAGCAACAGAUGCUGUUGAUAGAUUGGACUAUGAUAGAAGAGAUAGCAGAAGACCUGAACGUGGAAAUCCUUAUCCUGGAGGCUAUGGGUCAAGUGGCUUGUCUGCUGAAGGUUAUUCGCCUUAUGGUGCGCCGGUUGGUGGUAGUAGUAGUACUCCAUAUGGAGUUUAUGGAGGUUAUGCAUCUGGACGCAGUGGCAGUUCUGGAACAUCGGUAUCAGGUUAUCCAGUCAUUCCUCUACCUAUCGACGCAGAAACUACGACCACUAGAAGCUAUUGGUUGGUGAUUAAAAAGAUUCUGAUACACUGCUUUUUUCCCUUUGUGAACUUUUUCCCCGUCCCAAUAAAACAGUGUGAGAUCCUGAAGCCUGAAGCGAACCCCCCACAGCCCACAGUUGAAGCCUUAUCACCAAACAAGAUGACAAAGCUGAACCACCAAACUCAACCUAGGAGAACCCGAUUACUUAUGGAUGAGAUAUUAAAGUUUGUUUCCAUGUCCGCUUGUGACCAAAAUACUUCCAAGCUCCUACCCCAUGCUUAA